UUUAAGUCUCCUAUACGCCCUGACAGGCCGACACAACCCCUUAGUGCAGCAAUACACCGGUUUAAUGAUGAGGGGGAUAGGUACACCGGUUUAGCAACAAAAAGGGGAUGUUGGGCACAGAACAAAAACUUAGAGAAAAAAAAUGUCUUCAAAAAAGAGGGUUCGGGUUGAGCUUACUGAAGAAAUGAAGGAACAAGUUUUAGGAGAAAGAAUUGAAUAUCACUUGGCUUAUCCAGAGGAUACAAGGGGAUCAGAAGAUAUUAAUCGAGUAGUAGAAUCUGAACCUGAUUCUGACCCUCAUUAUGCAGCUUAUUUACGGAGUAUACUUGAUCUUCAAAAGGAGUACGGCUGUUUUACUAGAGAUGAAGGAAGUACUGGGGCUGCUCAUGGUUCAAGUUCUUGAGAGAGAGAGAGAGAGAGAUGAAGAUGAAGAGAUGAGCUGUGAAGAGGAUGCGGAGAGCAGAGGAGGAGAAGAAGAAGAGGAAGAAGGUAACAAAGCUGAAGCUCAUCCAAAACAAUAGCAGGAUGAUUGUUGGGGUGUUAUCAAUUUUUGUUUGUGAAAAUGCCAGCGCCAGCAGGAAAGGGCAAACAACUGGGUUCAUAAUAGUGCUGCACCUCAAACUCAUCAUAUUUGGCAAAAUUGUGAUUUGGCACGUUCCUAUUGCAGCUAAUAAAGAUGAACCAAAGCAACAUCUUUAUCUCAGCCAAUGUCAACAGCCCCUGCAGCUGCUUGUAUUACUGGUCGGAACGCUGAUGAUGAAGCUCGUGGUUCUUGUAAGAAAUGUGGCAGUGUUGGUUUUCAGGCUGGUCUUGGUUCUUGGAUAAAUUUAAGGCGAAUGGGGCGAAGGAGUUAUCCGAGCAGAGUUCUGAAGAGAGUUAGAGUUUGGAUUCUGAUGUUGAUUCAGAGAUGGAGAUGAAAGUUGCUGCAAGCAAGGGAAUUAAGAAAAAAAGUCGACUCAGAUGAAAAUGUGGAGGAAGAGAGGAAGAAGCCAAGUAGGUCGAAGAAAAGGACAAGUAGGAGGAGAAGCAGCAGCGACAUGAACAAUGAUGAUGAGGGUGGUAGAAGAGAAGACAUAAGGAUUGUUCAGAUGAUGACGAGCACCGUCAACUCCAUGAAGCUGUUGCUGCAUAAUUAGCAUUCUCAUUCUGUAGUUUCUGUUUGUGACACCAGCACCGGGUUUGUGUUCCCGCGAACAACAACGGGUUCAUAGUAGCGUUACACUUCAAACUCGCUGCAAAGUGCGAUUAGGUACCAUCCUUAUGCACCUAAUAAAGAAGAACCAGAGCGAACUUCUUCGUCUUGGCCAAUGUAAACAGCGCCUGCGGCUACUCGUAUUACUGCUUCGAACACUGAUAAUGAAGCUCAUGGUUCUUGUUGGAAAUGUUCUUUGUGUUGGUCAUCUUUUUCUUCAGUGUCAUAAUUAUAUUACACAGAAAAUUAUUACAAAAAUAAACGGUCAACACGUUUUGACCAUGGUCGCCGACCUGUUUAUGGAAACCAGACUACCAAGAAAUUACAACUAAGGCCGGAUUUAUUUUUGGAAGCUGGAAACACUUGGGGGUUAAGUUUCCCAGCUUUAUAAGUGUCCAACCUCUGUUCAUGAUCAUUCAGCAACACUCUGUAGUUGGCUAAAAAACUCUUGCUUUUUUCUGUUCAUCUUCAACAACGCUCUGUGAAACAAAAAAAUAUAUUCAGAAUGGCGUUCAAGGUAGAAUCAUCUUCUUGUUGCAAGGAUAAACGUAAACGUAAGAAAAAAAAGACUUUUAAGGACAGAAUGCAGACUUUAGAGAAGAUGUUUCAUGAAUUAACAACUUUAUGUGAUCUUAGGGGUUUAUUGUAUGUUAAAUCUGAGUUCAAUAAGGAUGGAUUGGUUAGGAUACUACCAGAAAACCCUAAUCAGCGUCGAGAGAUUGUCAGGGAUUACAUAAAUUAUGAUCCAAAAACAGCAGGGAAAAGAAAAGGGGGUGAUUCUGAAUGUACUAAUGAUAACAAGAUGAGGAAAUUCAGCAAUGGUGAUGUUAAAGAAGAGAAUCAACAAGAUAAAUUCAUUGAUCAGAAGUUGAAUAAUUUAUCUGUUGAAGAGAUUGAGAGGAAUUUGGAGCCCAUGUUGGGUAUGAUUUCAGAGAGAAUAGAUAAGUUGAUGAUGGAGAAGAACAAAUCUGUGGCAAAGGGUUGUAAUGAAGAUGAUAUGGUUAUGAUGAAUGAAUUCCCCUCUCCUCCACUUGAACCUUCAUCAUCUACGGGUUUUCCUAAUUACAGUUCUGCUUUGGAGAAGGAGUUUGAUUAUGAUGUUAAUCAAUGGCUUAAUCUUCCUGGACUAACUAAUACUAGUACUGAUGGUGGUAUUAUGUUUGAGCCUUUUCCUGACGUGAUCGACUUCGAGUUCCAGGCGUUGAGUAAUUAUGCAGGCAGCUUUACUAAUAUGAUGAUUAACUGCUGCUGAACAAAAGACUAGCUACUGCUGCUGACUACUAGUUUCAUAAUGUUGAAUUUGAAAUGCAGUCUGUCACCUGCAUUGAUAAUUUCAGAUGUGCAGUGUAAUAUGAUCAAGCGCUGAAGACUGCUACUAGUUAGUGCCGAUUGCGGAAUCACUUCUUUUCUUCUUUUUGAUUUUCAUUAUCCAUGUAAUGUAAUAAUUUUGCGGAUGCACUUGAGUACUGGUUUCCAAAUGUUGAAUUGAUAAUGCAGUCUCUGUUGCGUUCAUAAUUUCAGAUGUGCAGUG